AUGGCCCGUACUAAGCAGACUGCCCGCAAGUCGACCGGCGGGAAGGCCCCGAGGAAGCAGCUGGCCACCAAGGCGGCCCGCAAGAGCGCGCCGGCCACGGGCGGGGUGAAGAAGCCGCACCGCUACCGGCCCGGCACCGUGGCCCUGCGGGAGAUCCGGCGCUACCAGAAGUCCACGGAGCUGCUGAUCCGCAAGCUGCCCUUCCAGCGGCUGGUACGCGAGAUCGCGCAGGACUUUAAGACGGACCUGCGCUUCCAGAGCUCGGCCGUGAUGGCGCUGCAGGAGGCCAGCGAGGCCUACCUGGUGGGGCUGUUUGAAGACACGAACCUGUGCGCCAUCCACGCCAAGCGCGUGACCAUUAUGCCCAAGGACAUCCAGCUGGCCCGCCGCAUCCGUGGGGAGCGGGCUUAA